CAGUAUUCUGUGUCUAGGUCCAGAAUAUUUUGAAUUUCGCGCUAUUUUGAUCGAGAGAGUUGGUCGAACAUGGCGGCACUCAAAUUAUUUUCGCUGCAAAGGACAGCUGCGCCUUUGAUGAGGUCUGCUGUCCUGCUUGCACCCCAACAGCGAGGAUGCUACAAAAUUGUCACGCCAAAGGAUCCAGACAUGUCCUUCACGGACAUCACUGACAGAGCAGCUAACACCAUGUUCUGGACUGAGUUGGCGAGAGGUUUUGGUGUGACUUUAGCGCACAUUUUCAAGGAACCAGCUACCAUAAAUUACCCAUUCGAGAAGGGCCCCUUGAGCCCCAGGUUCCGAGGCGAGCACGCCCUGAGGAGGUACCCCUCUGGUGAGGAACGUUGCAUUGCCUGCAAGCUGUGUGAAGCCAUCUGCCCUGCACAGGCAAUUACAAUCGAAGCCGAAGAGCGAGCUGACGGGAGUAGGAGAACCACAAGAUAUGAUAUCGAUAUGACCAAAUGCAUCUACUGUGGAUUCUGCCAAGAAGCCUGCCCUGUCGAUGCAAUUGUUGAGGGCCCAAAUUUUGAGUUUUCCACUGAGAGCCACGAGGAACUGCUCUACAACAAAGAGAAGCUUUUGGCCAACGGUGACAAGUGGGAAUCUGAAAUUGCUGCUAACAUCCAAGCUGACCACCCAUACCGUUAAAAGAAUUGUGAAUAGAAAAGUUGUAUAAUCCUUGUUAUGUAAUAAAUAAUCAUACAAAUUAAACUUC